CUUUGCAUGUACACUGAGAGCUAUGCAAAUUGUGUAUUUAAUCGCACUUGGCCAGAUAAAGUAUUCCUAUUCUGUUCUAUUCUAUUCUAUUCCCAUUCCCAUUCGCAUUCUCAUUCUCAUUCCAUACCAUGAAGAGUAAAACUGAACUCACUGUUUUUCAGGAAAAGCCUUGUUCUGAAAUAUGUCGUUUCUGAAGAGACCUGUUCAGCCCUUAUCUGGUUCUGGCACCAUCUCCUUCAAAAAACCCACAAUGCUGGGAUAUUCCUUACAGAAUUCCUAGGCACGAGUAGAUCUUGACUGGUUCCAAAAAGCCGAUCCCAAAGAGAUGAUAAAAGCCAAGCCUGUUUGAUAAUAGGAUGAAAGAGUAUCCUAAUCUUAUAGUCUAGACGGUAAAUCCUAAGGUUGUAGUUUGAACUGGGAAGUUGAAAAAAUAACCCAGAAAGCAAUGAUAACUUUCUUCCAUAUUGUUGCCAAGAAUAUACGGAACAUUGUUUUUGCUAUAUGAAUCAUUUUCACCAGCAAAGAUGAAAAAUAUAUGACUGGAAAUAUGAGAAUGAGGAACCAAGAAGUUUAUUUUCUGGGAAUCUCCAGAUUCAAUGGGAAUUGGCCACUGUGAGAAACAGAAUGCAAGUCUAGAUGGAUCAUUGAUUUAAUAAGGGAAAUACUGCAAAAGUUAACUUAUUCCAAAAUAUUCUCUUUAAAUUUGGAUAGGGUUCUUAAACAGACAUAUAGGUGAUUGUAGACACUGAAGAUCUAGAGACUCUAGCUAAGAUGCUGCUUGUUUUUGAUGAGUGAUGAAUUUGAUUUUGGCCCAAUAACAAAGAUAAAACCCUUCCGUCCAUUAAAAGUAUGCACAUUCGCAGUAAAAUAAAACAAUUUCAUCUCCACAUUAACAAUACUGCAAUAUUGUCUAAUUGCCUAAGUUGUCAACAACCACCUCCCCAAUCAUUUCUUGUAAAUGGCAUAUUGACUAUAAUUGUAUGCUUCUUAUUCUGAAGCUUUGCGGAAACUGAGGUUUGCAGAAUUGCACACAUCUAAUAUUAGAGAGGAAGGAGGAGGAAACGCUGUCAGUAUCACAUUUAACUGCUAUUACUCUUCCUGUUCCAUGACUUGGACGUUUCAGACCUAUCUUAAUGAGAACAGCUGUUUUUCUUUCUUUCUCCUGAGUGAAUGGCUUCUUCCAAAACCUGUUGAGCCUCUCUUUGAGAGCAAAUUGUGUUGCUAAUGGUGACUUCCAGUGCAGAUGGCUGAAGGACAAUCAGGUGAAGCACACAGAGAAAACUCCAUGUUAAUUCUGGUUCAGCAAGACGGAAUCAUAUGAAAAGGUGGUAACAAGCUCUUAUUCCAUAAAGCGAGGCCCUCUUUCUGGUUUGGAAGGAAUAGUAGAUUGAGAGCCUGAAGUUCAUAUCUUCAUGGGAGGAAGCAGACAACUGUUAAUAAGAAGAGCAGAUGUAUUAAACAGAUAAUGAGUUUGUGAAAACAAAGGCUUGUCUGAAAUACACACUUCUAUUAUUACUGUUUUUAAAAAGAACAAUGCCUUGCAAAUGUUUCACUAAUGAAUGAAGGAUGUAAGUUUUCAUAGCUCAUUUGCCUGCUGGAUGAUAUUGGAUAUUCUGUCUUAUGAACAUCAGAAGAGAAGAUGUCUCAAGAAUUUAACUUUAACUUACUUAAGGAACUAGAGCAAGACAUUGUUCUAAAUGUCCUUUGCCGUGAUGAGAUGUUGAGAAAACUGGAGGAACAAAGAGUAAGCCAACUGAAAAUCCAACUACAGCAACUUUGGCGUAAAGGAACAAAGAAUGCCAACUAUGGAUCUCAGAAACGGUCAUGUGCCCGUUGUCAGAAGUCAUUUGGAAUCCUGAUCGAUAGAGGAGCAGUGUGCAAAGGAUGCAGCCAUCUUAUAUGCUCUCAAUGUCGCAUUACUGUAAAUGCCUUUCUGUGGAAAUGCACUGUCUGCUAUGCUUCUGAGUCUGUUAAAGUGAAAACAGGUGAAUGGUUCUUUGAGGAGAGAGCAAAGAAAUUCCCAACUGAAGGUAGAUAUGAAACUGCUGGUGCAAAACUCUUGAAAUCUUAUCAGAAAUUAAGCAAGGUAUCGGUGAUUCCUCCAACUCCUCCACCUUUUGCUGAAUCCAUCAAUAGAACGAGUGCAUUGGAAUUAAAACCAGGUUUCCACAAGUCUAUGGAAAACCUUUUUCUGUCUCUUACCACACACAUCAAAAAAAUCUCAAAAUCACAGAAUGAUGUGGCCAAUGAGAAAUACCUCCUCCCAGCAAAUUAUGGGCCAGACAAAGAUCCAGUGAAGGAUAGGAGAAGCCUAUCUGACACAGCUAUUGAUAUUUCAACUAGGAGAUCUUCAAGUAUCAGUGGAGAACAAGAGGACAGUCGAAUUGCUUGCAUAAAAGCAUCAAGUGAAGAAUGCAUAUCCUCCAUAGAUAUAGAUGCUGCCUUAAUCUGUGGAGAUAAAAAACGUGGUAGUUUAUACAGCAUUACCAGCGUUUGCAGUGGGGCUGUUGACUUUGCAAAAGCUGAUGUCGGUGGUGAAAUAGAAUUUGCCAUUAGAUACAAUUUCAAAUUUGGCAUUUUGGAAGUAUGCAUCAGUGCCUGCAAGAAUUUGGCCUACGGAAAGGAAGAAAAAAAGAAAUGCAAUCCAUACGUCAAGACUUACUUGCUGCCUGAUAAAUCUCCCCUGAAUAAACGGAAGACUUCUGUCAAAAAGAACACACUGAAUCCAACAUUCCAAGAAAUAUUAAAGUACAAUAUUGAAUAUUCCCAACUGCAAUCCCGACAGCUUCAGAUAUCCGUCUGGCACACUGGAAUUUUCAGACAUGCUGUAUUCCUCGGAGAAGUGGUGGUAGAUUUUGAAUUCUGGGAUUUUGAAAACUACUCUGCUCAGUCAUUCAACUGGUACCAAUUGAAAGCCAAAGGGACAUGACUGCAUUCGAUUUAUUUAUUUUUACUGUAUUUAUACGUGUUUCCCGUUUCUUCAGAUUUUAAGAAUCAAUGUGCCGUAAGCAAUUCAUUUUUUUUCCAAUGAUGUAGUUGUUAAGUGUUUUCAUUACUAGAAAAAUAGAUUGCAAUUAGAAUCCAUCUCAGAGAUCCUGUAAUCCCUUCCCUGUGCUAUCUAGGUAAAAUUGCUGAGCUUGACUCCUGGCAAUUUCAUAAACACAUCCAAGUAGGUUAUGUUUGCCAGCAGUAUAAAUGCCUUGUCGUAACCUUCCAGGAUUUUUUGACUUCUUGAUCUAGCAUCUGACCAUAGAAUUUCCUGGCUCUUCCACAAAUGUCCCAUCCAAAGCAUUAAACAAGUUUGUUCCUGCUAUUUUUUUUUUAAAAAAAUCUAGGUCAGUGGUUCCCAAACUUGGC